UACAGCAAUAACUGACAAACUUUUCCGCACAAGCAGACGGGGGUAAAGCGGCUGCACAGUAUAAUGAAUAUAUAUUUGCUUUGCGUUUCCAUUUUUGUCAUCGUUUCAAAAAACGUCCUAUCAGCCCUGGGCAGCGAUGUGCUCGAGCUUGGAGACUCGGACUUUGAUUAUAUAGUAGCCGAGCACGAGACUAUGUUGGUGGAGUUCUUCGCUCCAUGGUGCGGUCAUUGUCAGAAAUUAGCCCCUGAAUAUGAAACUGCUGCUACCAAACUGAAAGGGACAGUGCCUUUGGCAAAGGUCGAUUGCACAGUGAAUUCUGAGACUUGUGGACGUUUCGGGGUCAAUGGGUAUCCCACGCUCAAGAUCUUCCGUAACGGCGAGGAGUCCUCAGCCUAUGAUGGGCCUCGGACAGCAGAUGGGAUUGUGAGCUACAUGCAGAAGCAGGCAGGACCAAGCUCGCUGCCUCUGCUCAGUGAAGCCGAUUUGGAUUCUUUCAUCAACAAUUUUGAUGCCAGUGUAGUCGGGUUUUUCUCAGGGCCUCAGAGUCCUCAGCUUGCGGAGUUUCAGAAGGCGUCAAGUGCCCUGAGGGACAGUUAUCGCUUUGCUCAUGCCACAGACCUGGGACUAGGACUCAAACAUGGAGUGGAUUCUGAAUGCGUCCUGCUGGUUAGACCCCCUCGGCUCAAUAGCAAGUUUGAGGACAGCGUGGUGAAGUUCACUGAGCCCAUCUCAACCUCUUCUCUCCGCAUAUUCAUCAGGGAUAACAUAUUUGGAUUGUGUCCACAUGUUACCACUGAGAACAGAGAUAAUCUGAGGGGUAGAGACUUGCUCACUGCCUUUUACGAUGUUGAUUACUUGCGGAACCCCAAGGGCACAAAUUAUUGGAGGAACAGAGUGAUGAAGGUGGCCACUCAGUUCCAGGCUCAGGGCCUGAGCUAUGCUGUGGCUGACCGGCAGGAGUUUCAGGAGGACCUGGAGGACGAGUUUGGCCUGGGACUCUCAGAUGGAGGAGAACUUCCCACCAUUACCAUCAGGACCAGAGCGGGCCAUAAGUACAUCAUGCAGGAGGAAUUCACUCGAGAUGGCAAAUCCCUUGAAAGAUUCUUGGAAGAUUAUUUUGCUGGUCGGUUGAAGAGAUACGUCAAGUCUGAGCCUGCUCCUGAAUCAAAUGAUGGGCCUGUCAAGGUUGUGGUGGCAGAUACGUUUGAGGAGAUUGUGAAUAACCCAGACAAGGAUGUGCUGGUAGAAUUUUACGCUCCUUGGUGUGGCCACUGCAAAAAUCUGGAACCCAAAUACGCAGAGCUGGGCGAGAAGCUUUCUGGUGAUCCCCACAUUGUCAUUGCCAAGAUGGAUGCCACUGCUAAUGAUGUCCCACCCAAUUAUGAUGUUCAGGGCUUCCCCACAAUUUACUUUGUACCAUCUGGGCAGAAAGAUCAGCCGAGGAGAUAUGAUGGUGGCCGUGAGGUGAGCGACUUCAUCAACUACCUGAAGAGGGAGGCUACUCAUCCGCUUGUUCUGGGUUCUGCAAGAGAGGAUUUGUGAAACCAGUGUAAAAACUGUUUGAGGAGGGCAUAGGUCAAGAAAAUCAGGAACUCAGCAGCAAACAUGAUU